AUGAGUGGAUUCUCUAAAAUCCUGCUAUCAGCACAAAAUCUUCGAGCUGCUAUCCAAAAGGGGAGAAAGACGGGCGCGAAAGACAAGGACCGAUCCCACCGAGACACUCCGGCAUCCUCGUCUUCGCUUGGCUUAGACAGCGCCAAUCCUCUGCCGCCGUGGGGCCUCCCCGUCGAGAUCCAAAUCUUAAUCUUCGCCCACUGCGGGACCGCCGAUUUUCUAUCUCUAAAGCUAGUCUGCAAGUCCUUCAACAAGGUCUUGACUUCUCACGAACAUGGUAUUGUCCGCUUAUACCUCCGUCGACACCGCCAUGGCAGCCUCCCCUCCCCAAUCGACAGCGAACGUAUCUAUACCCGGAGCCCCGAAGAUGAUGUGGUCCUCCUGUCCGACCUAUUUCCCCCUUCCAAAAGUGCCCGAGGUGGUCACCUAUAUACUUUCCGAUACCUGUGGAGCUUGCGACAAAGGCAAAAGCUUUGCUCGCGAUUAUGCUAUUACCUCGCAGACCGGGUGAUGGACCGAUUUGUGCAGACAGAAUCGAUUUUCGACAGAACUUCCUUUCCAACGAAGAAGGCCGAACGAACAGCAUUGGUGAAACGAGGGAAAACUAGCAUGUGGUUUCAUCUUUCACCAUUGAUGUAUUACACGUUAUACUACCUCGAGUCGUACUCAUCUGCGCGUCGCGAACACACCAACAUGCUUCUUCGAGAAUACGAAGCCGGCAAUCUCUCUGUCCCAGUACCCUUAUCCAUGCGUCAAAAAAUGUACCGCGAACUUCAAACUCGAAUUCUUCGCGAACCCCCGUUCACCAAUACCGCAGCCCUCAUUGCGACUCACCACUGCAUUCACCUGCUAGUGUCAUAUAUUCGGUACACCAUGGCAUCUGAAGGGGAGCCCGACGACUCCUGGAUCAGCUCUCUUCUCACGGUCUCACCAUUCGCUAGGAUAGUCGAAUUUUUCUCCGCUGAGAUUGGCGAUGGGGGUAACCAGCGCAUGCAGCGCAAAGAUUUCAUGUAUAAUUUCUAUCAUGACAUGAACGCACACGAAAAAGACCACAUGAAUUCCGUGGUCUGGGGUCGGGCUUCUAACCGAAACGCUCAGAAUACGCAUACGUCUGUGCGCGAUCUUUGGUUUGACGCUGCCAAAGCAGAACUCGCAUCUAGAAACGCGAUUCCUCAUGAUAUAGAGAGCGUAUGGCACUGGAAUGGUAUCCCCGUUCUGUUUGGGUGCCCGGAUUGCCAUCGUACACAGGGAUGGAGAGCAUAA